CCUGGGUUAUCCGAGCAUCACUCCCAGGCGGUGAGGCCAGGCGGGCUCAGGUAACAGCAGAUCCUGAUGACAAGGGACUCAGGUUUGUGCUGAAUUACGUCUGCUCUCUCACCCCCACCUUCUCCCUCCUCCCCACCAGAUGGGCGGGCUGGGGCUCAAGUUCCUCAAGGAAGUAUCUGAGGACUCAGCUGAGAAGUUUGUAGGUCUGAGUGAGGCGGGAGACUCUUAACAGCCAAGGUACAACAAGCAGCAGAGAAGCACGGUACGCAGACCAUGGAGACUUUUAGUUCCAAGGACCUGGCUCUCCAGGCUCAGAAGAAGAUAUUAAGUCGCAUGGCCUCCAAGUCUAUGGUCAACAUGUUCAUCGAUGAGACCAGCAGUGAGAUCCUAGAUGAACUGUACAGAGUGUCCAAAGAGUACACAAAGAAUAAGACGGAGUCCCAAAAAGUCAUCAAGAAUCUCAUUAAGAUUGCCGUGAAGAUCGGGGUCCUCUUCCGUCACAACCGAUUCAGUCCAGAAGAGCUGGUCUUGGCAGAGGACUUCAAGAACAAGCUGCACAAUGGGGCCAUGACGGCCAUCAGCUUUUACGAGGUGGAGUUCACCUUUGAGAAAGAUGUUUUGCCUGACAUUCUCAUGGAAUGUAAAAAGCUGCUUCUCCGGCUCGUUGAGAAACAUCUCACACCCAAGUCUCAUGGGCGCAUUCAACAUGUUUUCAACCACUUUGCGGACUCUGAGAUGCUCAACCAACUCUACGACCCAAAGGGAAGUCUUCGACCUCACCUACAGAAAAUGUGUCAUGGACUCAACAAACUGAUUGACGAAGGAAAAUUGUGAGGUGGGGAGGGGAAUGAGGACUGAACUCAUAAGGAACUUUCGGAAAAGGAUAUGAUCGUCCUGGUUUCUGUCCCUCUGCGGCAACUGCUUGGGGUUUUGUGGGACUGUCACCUCCCAUUGAUACUCAUCAAAACGUAUGAUCAAUAUGUUUUUGCCAAAGAGAUGUCCAAGGCUUGCUGCUGCAAAUCCAUGGUUGGUCUACCAACUAUAAUGGGAUAUCAAUGCGUACCGGUUGCGACUGCAAACUGAUCAAAAGAGAACUCUCACAAAAAUGUUGACCUUGCCAACAUUGUGUUUUUACAGGCAACACGAGUGGGAACUUUGCACCAACUUGAAGAGUUGUCGUGCACCAUAAACUGAGUUACAUUAUAUUUAAAGGCACAACCCCACUGUGGCCUUUAUCUUUCUGUACAAUAAGUUUGUUGCACUUCGGUUUUGAUUGCAGAACAAAAGUUUUGUGAGGCUGAUAAUUUGUACAAAUAAGCAGCCCUGUGAACUGAGUGGAGAGUGGUGGUUCCUCUUGCUCCUGGGGGCCAAUUCCUCUUCCACAGGAUGACCAUUAAACUGGUUCUUUGCUCAUG